AUGUUCAUAACAGCACACUGUUUUCGUCAUUGUAUACAGGGCGUCGGCUCAACGAGCUGGCACACCAGGGACUGCCCUCGGGGACGAUCGAAAAGGUGCCGCCCGGUGUGCGCUUCCCGAGCACUCCCAGCGCUACGUGCGACGCAGGAUCGUACAGAGACUGCUGCGAAACUGACAGUGGCGAGUAAUGGUGAUGCUCCAGUUUACUGCUACAUCGCCAGUUCACCGUUCAAGAACGAUUACCUGGAGCGCGUCCUUAACGCCCGCGUUUACGAAGCGGCCGUUGAGACACCGCUUGACAACGCUCCGCUGCUGUCGCGUCGCCUUGGUCGACGAGUCCUGCUCAAACGCGAGGAUCUCCAGCCAGUUUUCAGUUUCAAGAUCCGUGGCGCCUACAAUAUGAUCGCACUCACAGACAUGAGCCAGUACGAAGGCGGAGUCGUUGCAGCCUCCGCUGGUAACCACGCGCAGGGCGUUGCACUGAGUGCGCAGCUGCUCGGGUUGCGUGCCACCAUCGUGAUGCCUUGCACCACACCGUCGAUCAAAGUGAAUGCGGUUCAUCAACGAGGCGCUGAAGCCGUGCUCCACGGCGACACGUUCGAUGACGCACAGGCACAUGCACUGGCGCUGGCAGCGGAGCGUGGGGCGCUUUUCGUGCCCCCGUUCGACCAUCCCGAUAUCAUUGCGGGUCAGGGAACGAUCGCUCUGGAGAUACUUCGCAAGCAUCCUGGACCCAUUGAGGCAAUUUUUGUGCCAGUUGGUGGGGGCGGUCUCAUCGCUGGCAUUGCUGUGGUUGUGAAGCGCCUUCGUCCCGAGAUACGGAUUAUCGGUGUCGAGCCGUUCGAUGCCGAUGCCAUGUACCAGAGCCUGCAGGCUAGUCAACGGGUCCGUUUGGCGCAGGUCGGGGUAUUCGCUGAUGGGGUUGCAGUGAAAGAGGUCGGCACCGAGACGUUUCGCCUGUGUCGAGACCUCGUCGAUGAGGUCAUCCGUGUCGAGAACGACGAAAUCUGCGCAGCCAUUAAGGACAUGUUCGAGGACACACGCUCGAUCCUGGAGCCGGCUGGGGCACUCGCUAUUGCCGGCUUGAAGCGCUACGCGCAGCGGAACAUGGACACUAGCACUAGCACUAGCAAUAGCACUAGCAGCAGUAGCAGUAGCAGCAAUAGCAGUAGCAGUGGUACCCUCAUUGCCAUUGCGAGCGGUGCGAACACCAACUUCGAUCGACUUCGACACGUCAGUGAGCGAGCAGAGAUCGGCGAGCACCGUGAGGCGGUACUAGCGGUUCGUAUCCCGGAACGGCCGGGCGCCUUUCGGGCGAUGAUGAACGCACUCGGGCCGGGUGCCAAUAUCACCGAGUUCAACUACCGCUACGCAUCACCGGAAGUUGCGCAUGUGUUUGUGGGACUCUCGGUCUCGGAUCGACGCGGUGCUGCAGCAGCAAUAUCAAAGCUUGCCGCCCAAGGGUUUGUGGCUACAGAUCUCACCGACAAUGAGAUGGCGAAGUUGCACUUGCGCCACUGCGUUGGGGGCAUGGGUGGACCACACUUCGCCCCAGCGCACGAGAUUGUCUACCGCUUUGAGUUCCCGGAGCGCCCAGGGGCGCUAGCACGAUUCCUGAAUGGUCUUCGUGGCUGGAAUAUUACCCUGUUUCAUUAUCGGAAUCACGGUAGCGAUGUUGGUCGGGUGCUUGUCGGCUUGCAGGUGCCGCCAUUGGAGCGUUCCACCUUCUUAGAGUUUGUGGAGCGCCUUGGCUACGCGUACGUGGACGAGACCCAGAAUAUCGCCUACCGGAUGUUUCUGCGUCUGGGGGAUACUCCAUGA